UAGCAUCAUCCAAGCUCAGACAGAAUGUUAAAAAUGGUAAUGUCUCUCAAAAUGCUCUGGUGCUUAAUACUUGUUGAACUAUCACUUGUUGCAGCAGCCAUGCAAAAUAGCACUCUGAAACAGGGUGAGUUGAUGAAUUCCAGCACCACUCUGGUUUCUUCCAAUCACCUCUUUGCCUUGGGAUUCUUCCGUUUAAAAAAGGAUCAAUACUCCGAUGAAGAGUCCGAGUUCAGUUACUUGGGAAUUUGGUACAUUAAUAGCACCAACUCUGGAGGCCUUAACAUAAGUCAUCCAGCAUGGAUUGCUAAUAGAGACAGACCUAUUCGAAACAAUUCAGGUGUGCUCUCUUUAGAAGUCGAAUCAGGAAGGCUUAUCAUCAGCCACAACAAUGCAAGUGAUCCUAUUGUGUUAUAUUCUGGCCAGGGCUUGAACAGAAAGCUUACACUGUUGGAUAAUGGGAAUUUAGUACUUGACGAAGGGAAUGUAACGCUAUGGCAAAGCUUUGAUCAUCCAACAGACGCGCUUUUACCAGGAAUGAAACUUGGAAUCAGCCACAGGUCCAAUAGGAGCUGGUCACUGACUUCUUGGCUGGAUGAAUAUGACCCGACAUCUGGAGCUUUCACUCUGGAAUGGGAUCAUAGCGCAAGAAUCUUGGUAGUUAAGUUUCGAGGGAAGCCUUAUUGGACUAGUGGAAAAUUGAUCAAUGACAAGUUUGAGAACAUCAACAACCCUCUUGAUGUUGUCAAGCUUAAUUACAGAUUCAAAAAUGUCACGAAUGGAGACGAAGAGUACUUCUUUUACACACUUGUGGAUAACCAUUCGACGCCUGAGAAUCAAAAUUUUGGAUCAGGCUGGCAGUUGACAUACCAGGGAAAUAUAUAUGAUGGAGAAAGGUUUGCAAUUGCAAAAGUUGAUGAGUGUUAUGGAUACAACACGAGAGGAACAAAUUAUACAGGAUGUGAGUUGUGGGAGCAGCCUAAGUGUAGAAAUCACCAACAGAUAUUUGAAAUUCAAACAGGUUAUUUUGAAGAAACUGAAGAUUACACAGUAUAUGGUGAUCACAAUGCAAGCCAUGGUUAUAGUGACUGCAAAGCUGAGUGUUGGGAAGAUUGCAAUUGUUUUGGCUUCGAACAUUAUGGGGGCACUGAAGGAUGCAAUCUUCAUAGAGGAAGAAAUUUGAAGUUUCAACCCGGUGGGGCGUAUGGAUCAAAGUACGUUCUGCGUGAUGCUGAUCCUUCAGGGAGCGAUAUUAAGGUUCAUAGCCGUGAAAAGAAAAAGGGGAUUUUUAUUAUGGCCAUUGUUGUGGUGGCUUCGUCGAUUCUAGUGCUUCUCUCUACUCUAUUAUAUUGUCGGAGGAAGAAAAUCAGACAAGCCAAGAAGGCUGCAAUACAAGAUUUGUUGACACUGAAUGGAUAUAUGGAGACAGUUGAUGAACUAGGCAAUAAUGGAAGGAGUGAACUAAAAUUUUUCAGCUUUACAAGUAUUGUAGCUGCCACGGGAAAUUUUUCACCAAUCAAUAAGCUAGGAGAGGGUGGAUUUGGACCUGUUUACAAGGGAAAAUUCUUAGAUGGGAAAGAAAUAGCUGUGAAGAGACUUUCAAGAAAAUCAACACAGGGACUGACCGAGUUGAAAAAUGAGCUCAUUCUCAUAGCCAAGCUACAACACACAAAUCUGGUCAGGCUUCUUGGCUGUUGCAUUCAUAGACAGGAGAAGAUGUUAAUCUAUGAGUAUAUGCCUAAUAAAAGCUUGGAUUCUUUUCUUUUUAAUGAAAGAAAGAGGGAGCAGCUAACGUGGGAAAGACGUCUUAGCAUUAUAGAGGGAAUUGCUCAAGGACUACUUUACCUUCACAAGUACUCAAGAUUGAGAAUAAUUCAUAGAGAUCUCAAAGCUGCUAAUAUAUUGCUAGAUCAGCAUAUGAAUCCUAAGAUUUCAGAUUUCGGCUUGGCUAGAAUUUUCACACUAAAUUCCUCAGAAACUUAUACAAGCAGAGUUGUUGGCACGCAUGGCUACAUGGCUCCUGAGUAUGUGAUUGAGGGAACGUUCUCCACAAAAUCAGAUGUUUAUAGUUUCGGGGUCCUGGUUCUUGAAAUCCUAAGUGGUCGCAAAAUCAACAGCUUCAAUCAAGUGGAAGGUCCAUCGAACCUUGUUGCAUUUGCUUGGGAGUUGUGGAAUAGAGAUGCUGCAUUUGAGCUUAUGGAUCCAUCAAUAAGUGAUUCGUGUCUCCAGAACCAAUUCCUGAGAUGUGUUCACAUCGGUCUAUUGUGUGUCGAAGAUGAUGCUCUUGAUCGGCCUACAAUGGACAAUGUUACUUCCAUGUUAGCAAAUGACACUGCAGUUUUACCAAAUCCCAGGAGACCAGCAUUUUACAUUGAAAGCCGAGCACACGAGACUAAAUCACAAGAGACCAAGUCAUCACAAAAUAUCUCAGUAAAUGGUCUUUCCGCUUCUUUGAUGGAAGCAAGAUGCAUUGGAGUCGGUCCUUAUAAGCAUGUAUUUCCAUCGAUGAUGAUGUAUAACAAGCAUUCAAGUUGUGUCAGAAUAUCAAGAAUGGCAGUAUUCCUCAAAAUGCUGCGGUGCUUGAUAAUUGUUCUGAUACCAGCUGUUGCAGCCACGCAGAACACUCUAAAGCAGGGAGAAUCCAUCAAUUCUACAGCCCAAUUAGUUUCUUCCAAUAACCUCUUUGCUAUGGGAUUCUUUACCAUACCAGAAUACAAUCGCAGUUACUUGGGAAUCUGGUACAAGCGAAAUUUUGAUACUGAAACGAAUACGACAAGUCCUGCAUGGGUUGCUCAUAGAAACACACCUGUUCAUAACAAUUCAGGGGUGUUCUCUUUAGAAUCUGCGUCAGGCAAUCUUAUCAUCAGCCACAGUGAUGCGAAUAGUCCUAUCGUCUUGUAUUCCAGGAGAGGCUUCAACAGGACGGUUACACUCUUGGAUAAUGGCAAUUUGGUGCUUGAAGAAGGGAAUUUAACUAUAUGGCAAAGCUUUGAUCAUCCCACGGAUACACUUUUACCGGGAAUGAAACUUGGGAUCAACCACAAGACUAAUAGGACUUGGUCAUUGACCUCUUCUGUGGAUAAAAGUGAUCCAUCCUCUGGACCUUUCACUCUUGAAUGGGAUCACACGGUAAGAAACUUGAUAAUUAAAUUUCGAGGCAAGAUUUACUGGAGUAGUGGAAAAUUGAUCAAUAAAGACUUUGAGAACAUGUACCCUGUCGAAACCUCCAAUUUCAAUUACAAAUUCAGAAAUGUUACGGGUGGAGACGAGGAGUACUUCUCUUAUACACUUAUGGUUGACGGUUACACACUUGAGAAGCGAAGAUCUUUUUCUGGUUGGAAUUUGGACAACUGGGGAAAUAUAAUUGAUGGAGAUAGGCCAAAUAUUGUAACUGUUGAUUUUUGCUAUGGAUCAACUGCUCUUCUCUUUAAAGGCUGCGUGUCGAGGGAGCAGCCUACCUGUAGGAAUUACAGUCAGAAGUUUGAUCUCCAGACAGGUUCUUUCGUAAAUAACGAUAUUUCUUACAUAACUUAUAAUAGCCUUAGUCAUACUGACUGCAAAGUGAAGUGCUGGGAAGAUUGCGAAUGUCUUGGUUUCUUGAAUAAUAACUUAACUGGAUGCACUAUCUGUAAGGGAAGUAAUUCGACCUUUCGUAUCAGGGGUGAUUAUCCAAGUGUAUAUGUUCUGCGUACUGAAAUUCCUUCAAAUCCUGCCACUUCCUCAGGGAAAAGGAAGAAGGUCAUACUGAUUAUCAUCUUUACUGUGUUAGCUUCCUUAACUGUUAUGUUUCUCUCCGGUCUAUCAUGCUAUCGAAGGAUCAAAAACAAAAAAGCCAAGAAGGCUGAAAUACAAGAGCUGUUGACACUGACGGGAUACACAGACGCGAUCAAUGAAGUAGGAAAUGAUGGCAGAAAUGAUCUUACAUUUUUCAGUCUUGCAAUUAUCUUAGCUGCUACAAGAAAUUUUUCAUCAGACAAUAAGCUAGGAGUGGGAGGAUUCGGACCUGUUUACAAGGGAAAAUUUGCAGACGGGCAAGAAAUAGCAGUAAAGAGGCUUUCAACAAAGUCGACACAAGGAGUGACCGAGUUAAAAAAUGAGCUCGUCCUCAUAGCCAAACUCCAACACACAAAUUUGGUCAGGCUUCUUGGAUGUUGCAUUCAUAGACAGGAAAAGAUGUUAAUCUACGAGUACAUGCCUAACAAAAGCUUGGAUUAUUUUCUGUUUGAUGAAAGUAAGAGGGGAUUGUUAACUUGGGAGACGCGUUUUAGCAUCAUAGAGGGAAUUUCCCAAGGAUUACUUUACCUUCACAAGUACUCAAGAUUGCGGAUAAUUCACAGAGAUUUGAAAGCUGCUAACAUAUUGCUUGAUCAGAACAUGAAUCCUAAGAUUUCUGAUUUUGGCUUGGCUAGAAUUUUUCAGCUGGAUUCAUCAGAAACAAAUACAAGCAGAGUUGUUGGCACAUAUGGUUACAUGGCUCCCGAGUACGUGAUGGAGGGCAAUUUUUCCAUCAAAUCAGAUGUUUUUAGUUUUGGAGUUCUGAUUCUUGAAAUCCUAAGUGGUCGAAAAAUCAACAGCUUUGAUUAUAUUGAAGGUCCAUCCAACCUAGUGGCUUUUGCUUGGGAGUUGUGGAACAGAGAUGCUGCAUUUGAGCUUAUGGAUCCAUUAAUAAGUGAUUCAUGUGACCAACACCAAUUCGUCAAAUGUGUUCAUCUUGGCCUGUUGUGUGUUGAAGAUAAUGCGCUUGAUCGGCCUACAAUGUUUGAUUUUAUUUCCAUGUUAGGAAAUGACACUGCAGUUUUACCAUUGCCGAAGAAGCCGACAUUUUAUAGAGGAAGCCGAGCACAUCAGAGUGAACCUCAAGAGAUCAUAUCGUCGCAAGAGAUUUCAGCUAGUGGUCUGUCCAUUUCUAAGAUGGAAGGGAGAUAGAAAGUAUGUAAACACCUGUGUGAGCAAUUUAGUUUUAAAACAUUGUGUAAUGGCCUAUACUUAUCUUGAUUCAUUUCCCAUUUUUUCUC